GCGAGGGCAAAAGUUUCUGUGUCUCCCGGGUGGCUGAGCGGCGAGCCAGAGUCUACUGCAGAGUCGUCCUCGACGUUGCAUCCCCCCUCGACGACUGCUGGCCAUGGUGGUUACCCAUGCUCUGUUCGAAUCUGCCUCUGGCUAUGCGGUCUUCGAGGUCAAGCUCCAGGAGAAUGUGGGGGCCAUGACGAAGGCGGUCCAGGACUCGAUUGACGACCUGGCGAAGUUUGGCAAAAUGGUCUCGUUGAUCAGUUUCUCGCCAUUCAAGAGCGCUGCACAUGCUCUGGAGAACGCGAAUGACUUGUCGGAAGGCAUCCUGAACGAAUACCUGCAAUCGCUCCUUGAGCUUAACCUCUCGAAACCGUCGAAGAAGUCGACAGUCACCCUUGGUGUAUGGGACCCCAUUCUUGCAUCUUCCAUAAAGUCCACUCUCAGCAUCGAUUGCGAUGCCUCAGAGGUCGCAAAAGACAUAAUUCGCGGCAUCCGGCAACACGCAACAAAGCUCUUGAAGGGCCUGCAGUCGGACGAUCUCACCAAGGCCCAGCUCGGCCUGGGUCACUCGUACUCGCGCUCGAAGCUGAAGUUCAACGUCAACCGGAUAGACAACAUGAUCAUCCAGGCGAUUGCCCUCCUCGACCAGCUCGACAAGGACGUGAACCUCUUCUCCAUGCGUAUCCGCGAAUGGUACGGCUACCACUUCCCCGAAAUGGUCAGGAUCGUCCCAGACAACUACCAGUACGCGAAGGUCGCGCAAUUCAUCGGCGCGAAGGAGUCGUUGGAUGAGGAGAAGCUGCCCGACCUCGCUGCGCUCCUGGACGACGACAUGACACGCGCACAGAACGUGCUGGACGCGGCUCGCGGCUCCAUGGGGUCGACCCUCUCGGAGAUCGACAUGCUCAACAUCAAACUGUUCGCGACGCGGGUGGUGUCCAUCGCAGAGUACCGCAAGUCGCUCCAGUCCUACCUCUCGGAGAAGAUGAACGUCGUCGCGCCGAGUCUGACCGCGCUGCUGGGCGAGCGGAUCGGAGCACGGCUCAUCAGCCACGCGGGGAGCUUGACGAACCUGAGCAAGUACCCCGCGAGCACCGUCCAAAUUCUGGGGGCAGAGAAGGCUCUGUUCCGGGCGCUGAAGACGAAGGGUAACACACCCAAGUACGGCCUCAUCUACCACUCCUCCUUCAUUGGCCGCGCAGGCCCCAAACACAAGGGCCGCAUCUCCCGGUUCCUCGCGAACAAGUGCUCAAUAGCAUCGAGGAUAGAUUGCUACUCUGACAAACCCUCUCCAAUGUUCGGCGAGGCCCUGAGGCAACAGGUUGAGGAGCGGCUCAGCUUCUUCGAGACCGGUGCUCCACCGUCGAAGAACGCGGACGCUAUCCGCAAGGUCCUCGACCAGCUCGCCCUCGAUGAUGACGAAGACGAGGAGAUGGCAGACGAGGAGCCGGCCUUGCCGCUCAUCGAGCCGUCACCAAAGAAGGAGAAGAAAAAGGAGAAGAAGCGGAAGAGCAGGGACGACGACGAUAUGGACGUAGAUGAUGAGGCGGAGGCACCGGCGAAGAAGCAGAAGCUCUCCAAGGAGGAGAAGAAGGCGCUGAAAAAGGAGAAGAAAAAGCAAGAGAAGGCGGCUGCCGAGGGCGAAGAGUCGGAGAAGAAGGAGAAGAAGGAGAAAAAGGAGAAGAAGAAGAAGAGCAAAGAGUAGUACCGAGACGUUGUCCCGAUAUGUCCUCAUCCCUGUAUCUUGCUCGCUGUUUGUCUACUCGUUCCUCAUGCCGCUGUUUCCCUCCCUCUCGUCGCACAUUUCAUGCUCUUUAUAUUGAUAUGGUACACACUCUAU